AUGGAUAUCCCCCUCCGUCUAUUCGUCUACUUCUCCAUCAUCCCAUCGAGCUGCCAACAUCCGUUCCAAACUCAUCGAGUCCCCAUUUUACUGUAUACGACUCCCACGACCAUGUCUACUGCCGAAGACGAGGACUAUCACCGAUUGGUGACUCUGCUUUGCCGAAUCGAUACCACGUGUACGAAACGUACCGACAAGCUCAAGGUUGGCUAUGUCGCAGGCACUGGCAUCGACAGUCAGACGCUCACAGAAUAUCUCACAGUGGCAGAACCUUUGAUCGCGAAGAUCGGAGCGGAGUCGGAUAAUGAGGAUGCAGUGAGAGCCUGGUUUCAGGACCUGAUCGAGGGGCCGCUGGCGAGCGUGAAGGGUUGUCGAACCAAAGCUCGGACCUGGGUCGAUGGGGAGACUCUCGCGGACGCGACCGCGGCUGAGAAGCUCAAGGUGGCGGCGUUUCAACUCCGUGCGACUACGACAAGCCUCAAUGCUGCCUCGUCUGCUGCGGAUGUCGAUGUUGCGUCUACCACAGGCGCUGCGGAAGCUCAGCAGAGUCAGGCGGAGGCGCAAGACACAGCCCGCGGAAAGCGUACGAUCCCCAAAUGGUCCGGCGCGCUGGGAGUGCCUCGCGUCUCGCUCACUCAGGAGGAGUUUGACUAUGUUGUGGCGCGACUUCCCAUGGUUGAGGAUGAGUGA